AUGACCUCGAGCACAUCUUCCGACUCGCAGCCUCAUCGUGGCCAGGAAAAACACCUCGCCGAAGCUAUCGCUGCUCAAACGCGAGGCAUCCACGCUCGACUUAACAAGUCCAUCCUGGCCCGCCUUCCUCUGGCCCUGCCCCCUCGCGCUUCCGAUCCUUCUACCUACGUCACCGGACUCUUGCACAUUGCACCGAUUUACCUGACCUUUGAAAGCCUCUGGGAACACCUUCUUGCGCCUCGUUCGGAGGACGGCCUCGAUCCCCAUGCAGAACUGGUGACACCGCUGCGGCCCGCAUCCAAGACAGCCACGGUCGGGACUUCGCCGUUGUCCGCUCCUGCUCUGCUUCAACACAAGCUCAACCUUCCUGCUCGCGUGCACUCCGUCCUCCAUGCGCUGCAUCUGCCAGGUCUUGCACGGGGAGACUGCCUGAAGGCUGACAUUCGAGAGUUGACCGGAUGGUCCGAUCAUGUUCUCGACAGCCAGCUUGCCAAUGCCUGCCGAGCACCGGCCCUUUCCGCUAUGGUCGACCAUAUGAGAAUUUCUAUACAGAAGCAGCCGCUUCUUCUCGUCACGUAUACGUACAUCAUGUACAUGGCUCUCUUUGCUGGGGGGCGGUUCAUCAGGUCGACGCUGGAAUCAACUGGCGAUGAAUUCUGGCAGACCCCGAUGGCUCCUGUUAAGCCCACUAUGCAGCCAUGCAUACCUAUGCCAGACGUUCAACGCGAGAUACAUAACGACUCGCCGUCCCACAAUGGCUCACACAAAUGCCACCCUCUGCCUUUGAGCUUCUUCCACUUUGAUACUCCACACGAUGGCGAAGACUUGAAGGUCGAGUUUAAGCGCCGAGUGAGAAUCUGCGAAGCAGCUCUCGAACCGGACGAGACACAGGCCAUCGUUGAAGAGGCGAGCAAUAUCUUCCAACACAUGAUCUCUAUUGUGCAGCAGCUGGACGCCUUCUGCGAGGAUGAUACAAGCGAAAGUGCCGCGACGACCCACGGAGACUACUCACUCUCCGCACCUCUUCUCGGCCGUUUGCGUGACAGUGUGGCCGUGGCCAAGGAACGACAUGCAAGGACCUCGCCUCGAACAUCAUCGAGUGAAGAUGACAGCGCAGGUACCGUCAUUCGACGACGGAAUCACCACUCCAGCGCCUCUUCCGACUCGCAUACCACCGAAAGCGGUGCUUCCGAGCAUCCACCAGUGCCCGCUGUCACGAGGGUCCAGCUGUGUCCUAUGGCGGCUGUUAGAUCCGUCCGCUUCAAUUCGGCUCUGUCACUCCCGCACCAGAACGAGCAGGUGGCGUGGGCAGGUCGCCGAGAGCAAAUCAAGGCUGCGGACCUAACCAGAUACGUACUGGCAGCGCUCCUUGGCAUUGUAGCCGUUGGUGUCGUUUUGCUUUCGAGACCAAGAUCCAUGGCGUGA